AUGGGUUCAUCUCAAUUUCGUCGGGCGUCGUACGAGAUUGUGUCUCCGAGACUGAUCAUUCGAACUGCCACAGAUUCCGACACCGAAUCAUUUCUCGCAAUCAUGACAGCUCCGGAGAACUUUCCAUUCGAGAAACCCGAACAGGGUCUUACGCUCGACAAGCUCCGUACUCGAAUCGACAAAUUUGCUAAAAUGUCAGCAGAGGGGCAAAACGCAUUCAUGGUCGUGGAGCUCCGCGACACACGCAAGCUGGUUGGAUACGGAGGCUACAACACCUUUGGAUCAAUCGACCCGGCCGAGUUCCUCUCCGAAACGACGCUCCCGGCGGGAAAGACGUACUUGACAGACAUUGGCAUCAUUGUCGAUCAUAAACACUGGCGCAAGGGCUAUGGCCUAGAGUCGGUCAGCGCUUUGAUCGAAUAUGCCAGGAAUGAGCUCGGAUGCGAGGUGUUCAGAGCAGAGACAGGCGACGAUAAUGAACCCUGGCGAGCACUCAUGCGAGCAGCGGGUCUUGCCAAGUUUGAAGGACGACACAAAGCAAGCUACGACCCAAGUCAGGAGGUCUGGGUUUGGAAAUUUGAUGCUGGACACUGGAGACGGGAGCAAGAAAGGAUGCGAAAGGAGGGAAAGUGGCCACUGUGA